CGGAGGUUUCACUGCUUGGGGGUCCGUGCACCGCCUCGGGUCCAUCCGUAAAUUCGUUGAAGUUACGGAGUAUAUACGUGAGCGUCUCCAUGCCCGUACGCGUCGGAGAGUUCUCCGCACGAUGCCGUCGAUCUAGGGUUUCUCGAUAUCGGUAGUGGGAGAUUAAAGGUCGAAGGGGAGGAUUUUUUGGAACCCUAACAAUCCAACUCGAAACGGUUUCGGGAUUUAAGUCGAGUCAAAUAUCGAUUCCAGAGGUAGGCGCUUUUAAUCGCCCGAUUAUUUCCCUUCCCUACAGUAAUCACUGAUUGGUUAUCCACUGCGGACUGCCAAAACCGUUGUUUGAUCUUGUUUUUGGUGGGACUUUUUUGGUCGGAUCUCUUUUUCGUUGAAUGUUUUGGUUGUAGAUUGGAUUGGUCUAGUCAAUGCUGGAAAUCCUUUAUUUAGAUGGUCGUUUGAUUUCUCGGUAGAAGCUCAUAGCACUCGAUUUUGACUUUCGCUCUGGGGUUCUAGCCUCUCUUUUUGGAGUCCACAGUCGUUGAUCGAUAAAUCCACUGGGAAUAGGAUUUUUUUUUUUUCUUUUCCGAGUUGUGUCUGACAAGAUUGAAAAAUUUACUUGAGAGAUGUUAACUUGCGUGCUGCCAUUCGCUCGAUUGAUCUACCUCGUCAAGUUCUCCUGAACCAGUUUCUUCAGAAAUCGGAGAAGUCUAGGUUCACGAUUGCGAAAUAUAAUGUGCCGAUUCUUUCUCAUUUGAUUUCCCCCGGCAAGCAAUCUGCUUUGGGUGCUUACUGAGUUUUUCGACUCGACUUAAAGUGGAGUUUUUGUGAAUAUUUGAUGACCCAAUUCCCUAUUUGCUUUUAAGGAUUUCUAUCUUUAGUGGAGAUUUCCAGGACUUACUCGGAAUUUGUGGAUUGAAAUGGCCACUUCACCAAGCCAUUCCUCCCCAGAAUCUGCUAUCAUUGAGCAAGUGAUCACAGAAUUCUUUGCAAAGAGCCUUCACAUUAUACUCGAGUCGAGAUCUCCGUAUGUUUCCUCCCGUAACUAUACCGUGGAUCAAUUUAUGUCGUCUCCUUCCUCCUCAUGCUCCUCGUCAAGCAGCAUGCCAAGGGAUAAGUGGUUCAACCUGGCAUUACGGGACUGCCCUGCAGCUCUUGAGAAUUUUGACAUCUGGCGGAAGAGCAAUCUCGAGCCCUUGGUCAUCGAUAUCAUCCUCAUCCGUAGGGCAUUGGUCCCGGAUGUGGCCCGUCCUCUUGGUGGAUGCCUGUUGCGGAAUUUCUCUGAGAAUUCUGAUCUUGCUCUGGAGCCUAAAUCUUGGAAGAUUGUUGAGAGGUGGAUUGUGCAGUACGAAAGGCAUAAGAGCAGCAGUAGCAAGAAUCAUAAGGAUAUACGUAAAUGUGGUACGAAAAAUAAUGGGGGUUCUUCCUGCUCUUCCGAAACAGCAUUCUACAAGAAAACGUAUAAGAGAUAUAUCAUUCUGUUUCGCUCUUUGUAUGUAUUUAUUAGGCUUCUACCUACGUACAAGCUUUUCCAUGAGCUCAAUUCCUCAGGCCAAAUCUGUCCGCUUAGUCUGUCUCACAGAAUAUCUUCUUCCAUUCAACCUUUCACUCAGGAGGAUGAGGCCAAGAUGAACCAAUUUACUUUUGUGCCAAUUGACACUCCUCGAGGUAGGCUGAGUUUGUCUGUGCAGUACCUUCGUACAUUGGAAGAUAUUAGAUCCGAACCUUCUGCUCCUUUGUCUCUGCAAUUUAUAUUGGAUUAUAUUGGUAGUCCAACCACUGAUCCUUUUAGAAGGCUGAAGUCUCUUCCUUCAGCACAAUCAUCUCCUGCAUUAGUUUCAUUUACCAGACAGCACAGUUGGAGCAAUGACCAUGGGGCUUUAGCUUCGGUACCUCUUUGUCCAUCAGUUGCAUGCUCCGAAGCUUGUGGCAUCCGUUGUAAUCCAAGCCUGUGUCUUCCUCCUCUUACUCAUCGCAAUGAUCAUUCUCCACCAGUAAUCUCAGAACCACAGAAUGCAGCUGUGACCCAUAAAAACAAUAUGAGUUUUGAUGAGUUUUGGCCUUCUCCAUUUUCACCGACAUCAUCUCCUUCUUCACCAGCCCAUUUGCCUGGUCAACGUUCACCAAAUGCUCUCCAGUCUGGGAGUUCUCAGAUUGAUAUUGCCAAAGCACACCCUAUCACUGCAUCUCAAACAAAGGCAUGUUCCUCUGAAGGUAAGCUACAAAUAAAGAUGGAUACAUUAAGAUACGGGAACUAUCAGACUGGCCCGACCCUUGUCAAGGGAUUUCCAUCUGGUAAAGAUGACACUGAAAAGUUAGCUGAACUUCCAAGCAGUUCAACACAAGGUCCACUCUCUAGGAGCUUUAGUGGAUCGUCUCUCUUGGAUAAGUUCGAUGAUUCUGGGUUUGCUUGCCCAUUUGCUGAUUAUAAAGAUGUAACAGAAUCAUGCAACAGGAGGUCUCCAGAUGCUGUCGUUGGUGCUGUUGUACAAAUGUUAAUGACUGCAGCACCUCUUCGGCAAGAUCUCUCCAAUUUGUGCAGACCCCCUCAAGUCUUCAUGGAUGAAUCCUUGAAUCCAUGUGUCCAACAUGAUCAAGCUAACACGGAACAAAGCGAGUGCCCUGCUUCUACUUCAGAAAUUUUAGCUUCAGUGCUCUUGAAGUCGAAGACUGCAGCAGAGGGAUUAGAGGAGCUGAGAAGGUACAAGGAGCUGAAAGAAUCAAUACUUAAGCAAGGUGCAUCUCGGUCAUCAGAUGUUGACAGUGGACCAAAGUCUGCAGGCAAUAAUGACCAAUCAUAGCACUGGUUGCACUGAUCUCCGUGAACAUUUGUAUAGAAUGUCGUUGGCUCGAAGAAACUGAAUCUAAAUAUACUGAUUUAGAUUUGUCUAUAACUUUUUAGGUUUAAGUAUACAUAUAUAGUGGAGUCCAUAAGAGGGCUACUCUCACUUGUGCAUCCUAUGUGCAGUUUUAUGACUGCCUAUGUGCUGAUACUAACUGAGGUUUAAGAAUUUGUGGCUAACUUGAAGACUUGUGAAGUUAUGUUUAUCA